AUUUUUAUUCAUGCAAACAAAUCCAGAAUUCAAGUCAAUUUAAACAUUACUCUAACAUUCUUAACAACUUACAUCAUUCAAUAUCACUUAUGCCUAUAUUACCAAAGCUUAUGCUGCUCAAAAAUUACAUGCACUCUAUAAAAAAACUUAAUAAUAAGUAUUAUUUCACAUUUUAUUUCUACUCAGAAUUAUUUACAAAUCCUUUAAUAAUUGAUUAAUGAAUUAGAAAAUCUUAAAGCUUCUAAUCCAUCUUUGUAAAAUAAAGAAGAAAACAAAAAAAAUUACACUGAGUUUGUUUAUAAAUACUUUUUUGAUGCAGAUACUAGAGAAAGAAACGGAGAAGUCUCACCAGAACUUAUGCAAAUAUUUGGAUCCGUAUAAAAGGCUAUUGAAGUCCUAUAGUACUUUGAACCAUUAACUUAAGAUCAACUAGAAAAGCGUAAUUCUUUUUUACAUUUUAUAUAGAAAAAUAUGCAAAAUUUAAAAUGGUUGAAUAACAUAAAAAACUUAAAGACCCAACCUUAAUUUAACCUAAACCCAAAGAUCCUAUUGAAGAAGAACUUGAAUAAAUUGCAUUAAAAUAAAUUUAAAUGUCCUAACAUCAAUAAUAAUAAAAUCAAAUUCCUUAAUAAUUAUAAUAAUAAGAUAAAUCAGGAAUUCCUUAAUAAUAAUAACCCAUUAAACCUAUAACUCCUUAAAAUUAAACAUAAUAAUAAUAACAAUAAUUAUAAUAAUAAUAGCAAUAAUUAUAAUAAUAAUAGCAAUAGCAAUAAUUAUAAUAAUAAUAGCAAUAGCAAUAAUAACAAUAAUUAUUAUUAUAGCAAUAAAAAUAAUAAUAAUAGUAAUAAUAAUAGUAAUAAUAAUAAUAAUAAUAAUAAUAAUAAUAAUAGUAAUAAUAAUAAUAAUAAUAGAAAUAGUAAUAAUAAUAAUAAUAAAUAAAUUAAUAGUAAAUACAAUCAUAACAAAGUAAUCUUACAUUAUUAAAUUUAGAUUAAUAAGGUCAAAUAAAUAAACUUACACCAAUUGAAUAAGCAUAAAUGAGAAACUAAAUUAAAAGUACCCUACAAUAAACUAUUUCAGAAGUAGAUUUUAAAAAAUAUCAAAAUGCAAAAGAAUUACUUCAAAAAACAUUAGGGAUGUUAUAAUAAAUAUUAGAUAGUUAGUGA